UCGAGGGAUCAACUCCAUCGAGUAUUUUUCGAAUGUAUAACAAGGGGCAGCGAUCAUGGCGAAUUGCUGCACUAAAAACGAAAAAACGGAGCCUGUGGGUAUCAAACUCGAAGGGAAUAACAUUGAACAAAAUAUUGAAAGUUGGCUUGACGAUCAUCCCGAAUUCGUUCACUCUUAUUUUACGCGGAAAGCAAGCAGGACUCUGAUCGAUUCUUGGCUUCAGUCACGCUCGCUUCGAACACCUACCCCUAGCGGAACACCGCCUCCGUCGGGAUCUUCUACUCCUGUAAGGAAAAUCUCUGCCUCGGAAUUUGAAGGCCGAGGGAUCUUAAAACCCUUAGUGAAUGUUGUCGAUGGGCAAGCAACGUUUCUCUCACCGAGCGAGCCUUCGAGAGCGCGAUCGCCUCAUCGCAAUCGCAAAUCGCGCGUCGAACUACUACAACUGGACGAGACAGAGCUCCUGAUGGAACUCGUCAAAGAUAUCGCCAGUGAUUUGGAUGUGAAAUGUCUUUGUCACAAAAUCCUACAAAAUGUUAGUAUUCUUGUCAAUGGAGAUCGUUGCUCGCUUUUUCUUCUUCAAGGCCCGAAAGAUGGGCCACGCUAUCUGGUCUCUAAAGUGUUUGAUGUGAAUGCGGAGUCUAAACUUGAGGACAUGCAAGGGUUGGAGGAAAUAAGGAUUCCCCUCGGCACAGGAAUCGUAGGAUAUACGGCAGAUACGGGAGAAGUAGUGAACAUUGCCAACGCAUAUGAGGAUUCAAGAUUUAACCAGGAAAUUGACAAAAAAACUGGUUACCACACCAGAAGUAUUCUUUGUAUGCCAAUCAGAGAUCACUACCAUGGAGAGAUUAUUGGCGUUGCUCAAGUUAUAAAUAAAAGAGGAUUUUUAGAUCACACUUUUACCAGAGAAGAUGAAAAGAUAUUUAGCAAAUACUUGGUCUUCUGUGGAAUUGGAAUUACAAAUGCAGAACUCUAUGAGAGAGCACAACUUGAAAUUAGAAGAAACCAGGUUUUACUGGAUUUAGCUAGAACAAUUUUUGAAGAACAGAGCACACUUCACAACAUUGUACAGAAAAUUAUGAUGAUCACACAGACUCUACUUCAAUGUGAAAGAUGUUCAGUUCUCUUAGUUGAUCCUUCUUCAAAGACACUUUUUUCUCAAGCUUUUGAUUUAGAGGCCCGGGACUAUUUAAAUGAAGAUGAUCAGACUGUGGUGAAACACAGAUCAUGUAGCAAGACAGAAGUCCGAUUUCCUAUCAAUAUAGGAAUUACAGGUCAUGUUGCAACAACUGGCGAGACAUUAAAUAUUCCCGAUGCGUAUCAAGAUGAGAGAUUUGAUCCAGCUGUUGACCAAGCUUCAGGAUUUGUCACCCAAACAAUUCUAUGUAUGCCUAUUAAGAACAGCAGUGAAGAAAUUAUAGGUGUUGUCCAACUCUUGAACAAACUUGAUGGCACAGCUUUCAACAAGAAUGAUGAAAAUCUCUUCGAGGCUUUUGCAAUCUUUUGUGGCAUGGCAAUCCAGAAUACUGUUAUGUAUGAAAAUGUCAACAAAGCUAUGGCAAAACAGAAAGUUGCACUGGAGGUUCUUUCCUACCAUGCCACUGCCCCUUUGGAGGAAGCUAACAAAUUAAAGUCUGUUCCUUUACCAUCAAUCAAAACCCUUAAUCUGUUGGAGUUCACAUUUGAUGAUGAGUUGGUCAGUGAUCAAGAUACUCUUCUAGGCACUCUUGCCAUGGUGAUGGACCUAAAGUUACAUGAGCAUUUUAAUGUGGAGUACCAGGUUCUCUGUCGCUGGAUCCUAACAGUGAAGAAAAACUACCGGCCUGUGAUGUACCACAACUGGAGGCAUGCAUUUAAUGUAGCUCAGACAAUGUUCACCAUUCUCAAGGUGGACGAAUUUGGGAAGUUGUUUACUCCAGAAGAGAAAUUUGCUCUUCUAGUUGCCUGUCUUUCACAUGAUCUUGAUCACAGGGGAACCAACAACUCAUUUCAAAUAAAGAGUGCCUCGGCAUUAGCACAACUUUAUAGCACAUCAACUAUGGAGCAUCAUCACUUUGAUCAAUGCAUUAUGAUCAUCAACAGCCAGGGAAAUGAAAUUUUUGGAUCUCUCUCAGCUGAGGAUUAUAACAAAGUGAUCAAACUUGUAGAACAAGCAAUCAUUGCAACUGAUCUAGCCUUGUACUUCCAGAAACGGGCUGAAUUUUUCAAGAAAGCUGAAGCUGGACUUGAAGAUUGGUCAACUGAUGAAAACAGAGAACUUUUGAGAGCUAUGAUGAUGACAGCAUGUGAUCUUUCAGCCAUCACCAAACCUUGGCCUGUACAGAGAAGGACAGCACUACUUGUGGCUGAGGAAUUCUUUCAGCAAGGUGACCUUGAACAACAAGAGUUGAAAUCCACACCCAUGGCUAUGAUGGACAGGGCAAAGAAAGAUGAACUUCCACAAAUGCAAGUUGGUUUCAUAGAUUCUGUCUGUCUACCUCUGUAUAAGGCUUUUACACUAAUGAGUCCAAAGCUUGCUCCGCUUAAAGAGGGCUGUAGAGAAAACAAAUUACAAUGGCAGAAACUAGCUGAUGAUUACAAGGCACAGAUUGAGAACAAAGUGUGGAGAAAGAGAUGAGAUCUCAGAUGAUCCUCAAGAUGAGAGGAAAUCAAACAGAAAAGUAUGCCUGUCUCAUUGGAAGACAAAUAGUAUAUUAAAAGAGUUAAAGUAGCAAUCUUGUAAAUAGACAUCAUAUGAAUUUAAUUUUUCUAGCAAAUGAAUAGUAAGAUCAUUGCCAGUUGGUGUUUGUAUAAAUAUUAUUGUACAUGGUCAAGUAAAACUAUAGCAGUGUCUGUUA